GUUUUUUCCCCCGGAUUAGUCUUGUAAUCAAGAGUAAUUACUGAAUCAUUAGUUAUACUUAAUAUUAUUGAUUCAGGGUAAGAAUUUACCGUGGGAUAAACGAGGGUAACUGGGUUAAUUUUUGUUGCUUAAUUUAUCCUCAAACUGAGAGAAUCAUUAUCGAUAGUCGUUGGUUGGCCGACAUUUGUUUAUGCGGCAAUCCGAUGCAACGAAAACCCUGCUGACCAAUCAGCACCUGCCACGUCUGAUUUCCCCCUCCAACCGAAAGCCUUCGCGCCGAAGAGAGUCCCGUCCACACCUUUCUUUAACCUAAUCGCCUUUUUCCGCGGGAGAAACUCUGUUUUCCGUAGGGAGAAAAGAUUCAUUCUUUGGGUUCUCCGAUCAAGUAGAGCAACUGGGGUUUAGAGCCCACCAAAAAGAAGUUCCGUCGUUUGCAGUUGAUGAAAUCGCCGCAGUGUUCUUCUUCUAUUUCCCCCUUCUGAUUGAGACUGAAGGAGAAGUGAAAGGGGACUACUGUGACGAUUUCAAGCUCUGAAAAUGGCGGUUCUGUUCUUUGGAUGUCUACCGCGGUAUCUGCGUCUUCGUAUGUGCUGUUCCGAUUCUCGAUUUCGCUCCCCAGUUGCGAUUGCUGAUGAUUGUGGUCGAUUAUGGAGGUUCUGUUUUCCCAAUAAUUGGUCAUUCGCCGUGGAAUGGGCUUCACUUGGCGGAUUUUGUGAUGCCCUUCUUUCUCUUCGUCGUUGGUAUCUCAAUUGCCCUCGUCUACAAGAAAGAGCCAAAUAGAUCAGAAGCCACAUGGAAAGCAGUGGGCAGAGCAGCCAAAUUAUUUCUGUUGGGUAUUCUUCUACAAGGAGGUUUCCUUCACGGGCUGAACUCGCUCACCUACGGUGUUGAUUUGGAAAGAAUACGCCUGCUUGGAAUCUUGCAGAGAAUAUCAAUUGGGUACCUUGUUGGAGCUCUUUGUGAGAUCUGGCUCUCACGCAGAACAAGGAGAGAAGUUGGAAUCCUGAAAAGCUACUACUUGCAUUGGGUCGCAGCAUUUGCUAUUAUUGCAGUGUAUCUCGGGUUGUUAUAUGGCCUAUAUGUUCCAGACUGGCAAUUUUUUGUACCUGGACAAGGUUACUUCGACCUUCCACUCGAUGCCCGUGCCUACACGGUGAAAUGUUCUGUAAGAGGUGACGUUGGUCCUGCUUGCAACUCUGCUGGAAUGAUCGAUCGCUAUGUUCUUGGUAUCAAUCACUUAUAUGCAAAGCCUGUUUAUAAAAAUCUCAAGGAGUGUAAUAUCUCCAGAGAUAAAGUAGUUCCUGAGAGUGCUCCUUCAUGGUGCCAUGCCCCCUUUGAUCCUGAAGGCCUUCUCAGCUCAUUAACAGCUGCAGUGACCUGCUUAAUUGGGCUUCAGUAUGGCCAUGUUCUUGCUCAUUUGCAGGAUCACAAGGGUCGUCUGGAGAACUGGUGUGUCUUCUCAGUCGCUUUCCUUGUCCUCGGAUUGUUCCUCGCCCUUCUAGGGUUCCCUAUCAACAAACCUCUAUAUUCAAUCAGUUACAUGUUGAUCACUUCUGCUACAGCAGGCAUCACAUUCUCCGCACUGUACUUGUUGGUCGAUAUAUACGGCUACAGAUGGUUGACACUGCCACUGGAGUGGAUGGGGAAACAUGCUUUGAGUAUCUUCAUAGUUGUGUCUUCCAACUUAGCCGUCAUUGUGAUUCAGGGUUUCUACUGGAAAUCUCCUCAGAAUAACCUGAUGAACUGCAUAGUCUCACUCUUUGUGCAUCAAUGAAGAUGACUUUGGAUUUUGUUGGCUGGUUUGUCUGUGGAUCCUCUCAGGAGGGAGUUUUACCACAUGUAUAAUGGUGUGGUGUGUGUUUUGCCUCCCGCCAUGUCCAUCAGCAGCUUCAAGGAAGGCGAGAGAAGGAGAAAGUGAUUGUGAACUCUAUAUAUUGGUUUAUUAAUCGCUUGAUUCUUUCCCAUAUGAGUUGGCUUGGCUCACUAGCCAUUACAGUUCUGUGGAGAGAUUGAUGGGAAAGGGAAGGUCGAUGACACGAUCAGUUUUGUCUGAUAUGUACAGAGUACAGUGAGCAAGUAGGCAUUCAUGAGAGCUGUAGGCUAGAAUUAAUUAAUUUGCAGACAAUCGAAAAUCAUUAGAAACAUUUGCUCACAGAAUAUAUAAAUGAUGUUGUAUAUGAGAUACUUGAAGUAUCCUGCCCAAGCUAGUCACUUAAUAACUAGUAGUUUUUUAAUUAUUUUUUUAUGGGUUCUUGUACAAAGGAUAGUAGGGAAGAAGAGAAGAGGGUUGUGUAUUACAUGGGUCGAAAAUAGAAUGUUUGGGUUCAAAGUUCAGACUUCGCAAACACAUGACUAAAUGUGUUGGGUAUUAACUUGUAAUUUAGAGAAAAAGGGUUUUUUUUUUUGGUUUGUAUGAUAUUAAAUCUUUGAAAUUUCGAAAU